UGUCACUAACUCACUAUAUAGUAACUAGUCAAGUUCAACAUGAGUUUGGGACAGCAUUGAGCGUGGCUAUUGAGUCAACAACAUUGGCCAUUGAGCAUUCGCCAAUCAGAAUUCAGUCGCAUUAUUCUUACAAGACAGUGUACACGGUGUUUAUGCUCGUUGGAUACAAAUCGUUUAGGGUUGUGAAUAAUUAUUGUGAUAAAUAUGUGCGUGUGCAAAGCUCUUCACUCUUGACCUCACUGAUUAGGUCUCAAGUAUAUGUGUUUAUAAAUAAGAACAUUAAAUUGUGAUACGGGCUUGUAACUACACAUAAAUAAUUUCUAAAAUGAGAUCCUUCACUAUCGUGUUAUUUAUUUUGCAGUUAAACCUGUUUUGCUGUAAAGAAAGAUAUAAUCCUUUAAGUGACUUCAUUCUUCAUGAAGCUGGCAUACCAAACACAUCAUUUAACAAGGAUAAAAAUGGACAGCCCACAAAUCCUACCAUAUCUUCAACAAGUACCCCUCCAUCAAAUAAAAGAGACUAUGUAGCUUCACAGUUUCCAACGCUUAAACCUAUUACAAGAACAUCAUCAUCAAUUGUAACUCCAACGUCAACAGAAAAAGUGGUUACGCCCUCUAGAAGAGAUUAUGUGGCGCCGCAAUACCCGACAAAAAGCCCAACCCCAUCAACAAUGUCACCUCCUAUCCAGUCUCCUACUCAAAAAAGCACGAAUAUUACACCUAUUCCAAAAAGAGAUUAUGUAUCACCAAAUUUUCCAACAUUAAAACCUAUUCAACAGAAUAAAGAUACACCUGGUAAAGUAAAAGAUCUUGUAAAUUUUUAUGACAGUAAAACCAAUCAAGGCAAUUCAUUUCCAUCAAAAGGACCAAGCUACAGUUCCAUAGCACAAGGGUCUGUAAAUCCACGACCAAUGACAAAUACAAAGCCAGGAAGCUACAGUGCCGUUGUUAGUGGGACUCCUCAAGUUACUACCUCAGGUCCACACGUAAAACCAUCUACUACCGGAAAGAAACCUGACGCAACUCCUGUAAGCCCGACUACAAAACCUACAAGCAAACUUCCUAGUAGUAUUGUAGUAGCUAGUAAUAACAAAAAUCAGGGACAAGCCACGGCCAGUGAUGAAGAAUUACAAUUAUUAAGUGAACAAUUAUUGAAGAAGGACACUAAUAACGCAGCUAAAUAUAUAAAAAUUAAUUAUCAAGAAAAGACCACGUCACAGUCUAAAGACGAUAAAGCUCCUUUGCCAUUACUCAAUAUAUCACCUGAAGCGUGGAACAUACCAACGAUUCAGAAGUUUGUUCCAUUAUUAGAUAAUUAUGAAAGAGACACGUUGGUAAAUGAAUAUGUUACAGCACAGGAAAGGAAUGAAGAAAAUGCUUUCUUAGAUGUCGUUAUGACUACUCCUGUAUUUCGUCAUUUGAUGGGUUUCUUGAAAGAUAAAGGUUACGUAACUCCGGAUCCUCGUCAACAGCGCGAAUUCAUUAAGCAAAUUUGGUUUGGCUUAUACUCAAGAGGAAAAGGCAAAAUAAGUAGUUCUGGUUUUGAACACAUAUUUGUAUCUGAAUUGAAAAAUGGAGACGUAUCAGGUCUACAUAAUUGGGUUUAUUUUUCCAAAGAAGAAGCUGCUAAUCGUGCUAACUAUUUGGGGUACCUAAAGUAUUCUGACUUCAGUGAUAAAGGUGCUGUUAUGAAAAUGCAUUUCAACCAACAAGGGGUGGAUAAACCUGUCGGAACACUAUUCAUCGGAACUUCGCCAGAACUGGAGAUGUCGCUUUACACAUUAUGCUACGUAACACGAGUCGAUAAGGAUUGUAAUCUGAAACUCGGGAGUAAAGAUGUUAAUAUCGUCACAUAUAACUAUAGAUAUAGAAGUAAAAAUUAUAUAGGUAGUGCAUAUCCUCAAAUUUAGAAAAAAAAAUUGGCACUCUAUCCUUUUCUGCAUUAGAUGGUCUUGAUAUGUAACCUAUAACGUGUAUUGUUGAUGAUUUUUAAAACGUUUAUUUAUCAAUUGAUUUUAACAAAAUUUGUUUCAAUGUUAAAAUAAACCUUUGGGUCAUUAUUUUACUCCAAAAAGUUCAUCAAUAUUUGAUAAUUAAUAAACACUUUUAUUCAAGAAUGUUACCUCUAUAUUUUACUAUAGUCGAAUAAAGUACUGAUAUUAUAUCAUCAAAA